AUGCGCUCGGCUCCCGUUCUUCGCACAGCUCUCGCUGCUGCCCUCCCCUUUGCGGCCUAUGCCGCUGAUGGCAAGUCGACCAGGUACUGGGACUGCUGCAAGCCGUCGUGCGCUUGGCCCGGAAAGGCCCUCGUGAACCAGCCCGUCUACGCUUGCAGCGCCAACUUCCAGCGCCUCACCGAUCCCAACGUCAAGUCUGGCUGCGACGGUGGCUCGGCCUUCUCCUGUGCCGACCAAUCUCCAUGGGCGAUAAACGACAACCUCUCCUACGGUUUUGCCGCUACCUCGCUUUCGGGCGGCUCUGAGGCGUCGUGGUGCUGCGCUUGCUACGAGCUUACCUUCACUUCCGGGCCCGUUGCCGGCAAGAAGAUGGUGGUUCAGUCCACCAGCACCGGCGGCGAUCUCGGCACCAACCACUUCGAUCUCAACAUCCCGGGCGGCGGCGUUGGCCUCUUCGAUGGCUGCACGCCCCAGUUUGGCGGUCUUCCGGGUGCGCAGUACGGCGGUGUCUCGUCCCGCAGCCAAUGCGACUCGUUCCCCGCGGCCCUCAAGCCCGGCUGCUACUGGCGCUUCGACUGGUUCAAGAAUGCCGACAACCCGACCUUCUCAUUCCGUCAGGUCCAGUGCCCGUCCGAGCUCGUCGCCCGCACCGGCUGCAGACGCAACGACGAUUCUAGCUUCCCGGUGUUUACUCCUGGCAGUGGGAGCGCCACCUCCAGCGCCAGGCCCACGUCGACCACUUCCGCCAGGACCUCGACCUCCACUUCCGGGGCCCAGACAUCUUCUCCGGCCGGCUGCGUCGCUCAAAAGUGGGCGCAGUGUGGUGGCAGUGGGUUUUCUGGAUGCAAGACCUGCGUGGCCGGCACCACCUGCCAGGCGCAGAACCAGUGGUACUCGCAGUGCAUUUAG